UCUGGAUAUCCAACCCUAAAACCCUUGCCUUUCCUAUUAACUCGUAUAAAUCUAGUCGUCCCCGCCGCUCACUCUUCUCCUUUUAGGCUACCACACUUUCCUCUGCUAGGGUUUCUGCAUCUGCCUCCGUUCUUGCAAAAUGGCUAGAGGAUUGAAGAAACAUUUGAAGAGGCUCAAUGCCCCCAAGCAUUGGAUGCUCGACAAGCUUGGUGGUGCUUUCGCCCCCAAACCAUCAUCUGGACCACACAAGUCGAGGGAGUGCUUGCCCUUGAUCCUCAUCCUGAGGAACAGGUUGAAGUAUGCCCUCACAUACCGUGAAGUGCAAUCUAUUCUGAUGCAGCGACAUAUUAUGGUUGAUGGAAAAGUCAGGACUGAUAAGACCUACCCGUCUGGUUUCAUGGAUGUGGUUUCCAUCCCAAAGACCAAUGAGAACUUCCGUCUUCUUUACGAUACCAAGGGUCGGUUCCGCCUUCACUCAAUCAGGGAUGACGAGGCUAAGUUCAAGCUCUGCAAGGUGAGGUCAGUGCAGUUUGGACAGAAGGGAAUCCCCUACCUCAACACCUAUGAUGGACGAACCAUCCGCUACCCUGACCCUCUAAUUAAGGCUAAUGACACCAUCAAGCUGGAUUUGGAGGCCAACAAGAUUACCGAUUUCAUCAAGUUUGAUGUUGGUAAUGUUGUCAUGGUGACUGGAGGACGAAACAGGGGACGAGUUGGAGUUAUUAAGAACAGGGAAAAGCAUAAGGGUACAUUUGAGACCAUCCACGUUCAGGAUGCUCUUGGCCAUGAGUUCGCUACCCGUCUUGGAAAUGUGUUUACCAUUGGUAAGGGAACCAAGCCCUGGAUUUCUCUUCCCAAGGGCAAGGGUAUCAAGUUGACAAUCCUUGAAGAGGCUAAGAAGAGACUGGCAGCCCAAGCUGCUGCUACUGCUUGAUUUUCAUGGUAGCAAUUACAGAUUGUCUUUAAAUUUUAGUUCCAUUAGAUUAAUUCUGUUUAGCAGUGAUCUUUUUUCAGCUCAAGUAAGGAUUUUAUGUGUUACAUUUUUCAUUUAUGGUUUUGGAAAGGAAUUUUGUUGCUUGAAUUUUGUUGAAGUUUGUAUCAGAGCAUUUUUAUCGACUCA